CAACCCCGCUGCCCCUCCUCCUGUUGGUGCUCGGGGGUGGGGGGUGUGUGAGAGAACCCAGUUAGACGCGAAAUGCAACAAUGGUCCGAGGAGAGAGAGAGAGAGAGGGGCGACCGCUGCUUCUCGCCACUCUCAAACAAACCCGGGGCAGACCGAGCUGGGGAGGGGAGUGGUGAUGGUGGUGGAGGCGGGUGGGUUGCGGAAUCCUAGCCCGUGCGCUCGGCUCGCGGUCGCCCGGCCUCGGCCCCUGAGCAGCGAGUUCUCGCCGGGGGCCGGGGCUCAAAGUUCGCAGGCGGCGCCCGGGGCCGGCCCCGCGGAGACGGGAUGCCGGGGCGAGCAUCCGGCCGGCCGCCGGGCCGGGGGCCGGGAGCAGCCGCAGGAGGGGUGCCCCCGGCCCCCGGCCCCCGCCGACGCGCGGCACGGCCCCGUCAGCGCCCCCCGGAAGGCCCGGGGUGCCGGGCGCGCCGGGCCGCCCUCCCGGGACGCGCGUGAGGCGGCGGGCGGCGCGCGGGGGGCGCGCGCGCGUGCGAAACUCGGCCGCGAAGCCCCGCUCCCGACUGGGUCCUGUGAGCGGAGCCAACAUGGCGUCUCCCAGCGCGCCGCGAGCGCCGGCCUGCCAGGCGCGGCGGGGCCGGCUAAUGGGAAACACAUUGGGGCAACUUUGAGGUAGCGGAAGUGUUCCUCACCAAGAGCCCGGGAGGGCCAGGAGCCCUGACCGAGACUGCCCUCGGCCGGGGCUGGUGGCCGCGUCCCCGGGGAGCGAGGAGGCGCGCAGCACUGCCGGAGCCCGGGGCCUGGGCCUUUAGGUGAGGCCCUGGGGCUCUCAGGAAGGGUUAGGCCCUUUGGAGGCCCAGGCAUUCCCGCAGGCCCAGCUCCCUGAGAUCGAGGUCGAGGGCCGUGAGGCCAGCCUGGGGCAGGCCCCCAGGCGGGAUGACGGUCAGAGGUGCAAAGGUGGCGUGGCUUCCUCCUGGCGCCGGACAGAGGAGGGCUCCACAGGCCGAGCAGGUCCGGCCAGAGACUCCUUGGAGCGAGCGGGGCUCUCCCGCCCCGUGGCCGAGGCGCCCGUCUGCUUUGUGUUGAGGGAGGCCUGGCUCAGCUCUUUGGCUAACUGGUUGGGGGGUGGGUGGGGCGGAGGAGACGCUUUGAAGGCGCUCUCGGAAUCCUGAAGUGCCGGGGCUUCCCUGCCGGUGCUUGCUCCAAGGAGUGUCAGUUGGAGAGGCCUGGGAUACAGUCAAGGAGGAGUUGGGGGCUGGGGGCCGCAGAGGGUCAGCGGAGGCAGCGCGAGCAUCCCUGCGCUGCGGCUGAGAACACAAGCCCCCCAGGAGGAGCGGGGGGCGGGGUGCGGGGCAAACGGGAGCCCAGGGAACUGCGAGGCGAGCGGGGGCUUCUCCGCCCCGCAGCCGGAGGCUUCCCGCGGCUCCCGCCUCGCUCCCCGCCAGGCAGCCCCGGCUAAUAACGCCCAGGCGCUGUGCCCCCGCCCGCCCCGUCUCCCCUCGCCCCAUCCCUCUGCUUUUUCUCCCCCCCUCCCCACCUCUUCCUUCCUUCCUGCAAAUGGGUGUUAACGUGGGUCUUUAUGUUCUGUCUAUAACUAGGAUGUAAUCACGCGCCCCAUGCCUCUCUCUAAAAGCAUUUAAUAAAUGUCUAUUAAAGCGCUACAAAUGUAAGAUGAAUUUAGUGGCGCGGCUGCCUCCCUGAAUCCAAACGGUAAUGAUGGAUUUAUCAACGGGGAUUCGCCUUCAACACAGCAAGGGAGGUUUACUCAGCAAAUACGUCGGCGAGCACCCACCCAAAUACAAUCAUUUGACCCCCUGCGGGCAUUAGCCACCUCAGCUCUUCCGCCGCCUGCUUGGGGGGUGGGGGUGGGGUGGUUAGGGUCGCCCGAGGCCGGCGCCGCCCCUCUCCUGGCCUCUAGCCCCUCCUCUGUCUCCUCCGGGCCUGCGGGUCUCGGUCUCGCCUUUGGGACGAGCGGGGGACCCGGCUUGCAGGUUUGGGCUUGGGGAGUGGGUGAUGGCAGUGUUAGAGCGCGCGAGGAAGUGUGGGCUGUCUUGGUUUUGCCAGGUGACAUCAGUGAGCGCCCUUUUGCUCCUCUCGGUUUUGAAGAGAUAGCAAUUGUUCCUGCGAGUGGGCUCUCGAGUCCCCAGCCUUCGAGCACAUCUUAGGUCCUCGGAUCCUCGCUGGGCCCUGGACACCGUUCUAGGAGAGGCGGCUCCAGGACAGAGGCCUGGGCUGCCAGGCCCUCAGAGGGCCCCGGUGUGCCCAGAGUGGGUGCCCGGCGGGCCUGCCGUCUCCAGGCUCCCCAGACCAGCCAAGCCAAAGCAGAGGCGGCUGUUUUCCAAGGUUAGGAUGGAGCCCCCAAGGCGGAGGGCAAAACUUCUGAGUGUCUUUCCCCUGAACAGGUCUGGCUUCUCUCCCACCUGCCCUGGCAGAGCCCACCCGGCCAUUUUAAAGUUUCUGUGGCUGUGGGUUUUAGAGAAUUUGGUUUGGACUGUGAUCAUUAACGCGCACAAACCCCAGUGACCACCACCUCUUUCUUUUUGUCUUUUUAUCUUUCUUCUCCAGAGGGGAGGAAAAGUGCUGGCCUGUUCCAUCAAGCCCGGUUCGCAUUUGCUCUGGCCUCUGAUUUCUCUUUCUUCUUUGGAAAUUUCAUUGAGAUGUCUCUGUACUUCGCUUGUCAGUUAUCUUUGUUCCUUUUAAAUAAAGGGCUUUUAAAUGG